AUGGGAAACGCCUCGCGAUGCGCUAUCAAGUUGUCGAGACAUCAAUUGCUCCGAGACCCUGAGAACUUUCUGACCUUCUUCCUGUCGUCGUCACCCUUUCGGCAACCAUUUCCAGCAACCUUUCGUUUACCCCAGUUGCAUUCGGGAAAAAUCCUCGUCAUGUCCGACGCAGAAGGCGAGUCUCAAAAACCGUUUUGCGUCGAGUACGCAAAUUCCGGACGAGCCGGUUGCAAGAAGUGCAAGCAGAAAAUUGACAAGGGGGCGAUGAGGAUCGGGAAACUGGCUCCGAAUCCCUUUUCGGAGGGACUGAUGAAGCAGUGGUUUCAUCCCCAGUGCAUUUUUGAAGCAUUCUUGAAGCAGAGGGCGACUACCGCGAGGAUUCGGGAUCUGAAUGAGGAUGUCGACGGGGUGGAUGCUUUGAAAUCCGAGGACCGUGACUCGUUGAACGAACUCAUUGACCGUAAGUCUCGCUUUUUCUUGUGA